CCCUGCUGUCCUGCACAGCUUCUGCUCUUUAAGACCUGGAAGAAUGAAACUAAAUGGUGAGCUAGAAAACCUCCCAGUUUCCGAGGAAGGCGAUGGCAUGCUUUUUGGAUGUAUUCAGGCCCAUUCCAAAAGCAGAAGUGCAAGAGGUUAAGACGAUUUGGGGGUGAAGUUGCAGAAGGCUGCUGUUGCUCCCACUGGUGUGGUGGCUUCCCUAUGUCCCCAGGGCCGCGGGGUUCAUGCAGCUCUGCAGCCCUGGAAGCACGGGCAGAGCUGCGCGGCUGCCACGAGCCAGGGCAAGCUGACUGUUCCCAUCUCGUCCUGCACAGAACAAACAGAGCUCAAGUUCUGAGCAUCCGGGGAGCACAGGAAGAGGAGCCCACAGACCCACAGCUGAUGCGGUUAGACAACAUGCUGCUGGCCGAGGGCGUCGCGGGCCCCGAGAAAGGAGGGGGUUCUGCUGCUGCCGCCGCCGCUGCUGCCGCAUCGGGAGGAGCCGGAUCCGACAACUCAGUGGAGCACUCUGACUACAGAGCCAAGCUGUCCCAGAUCCGGCAGAUCUACCACACGGAGCUGGAGAAGUACGAGCAGGCAUGCAAUGAAUUCACCACCCACGUGAUGAACCUGCUGCGUGAGCAGAGCCGGACCCGGCCCAUCUCACCAAAGGAGAUAGAGCGGAUGGUGAGCAUCAUCCACCGCAAAUUCAGCUCCAUCCAGAUGCAGUUGAAGCAAAGCACGUGUGAAGCCGUCAUGAUCUUGCGCUCCCGAUUUCUGGAUGCACGGCGGAAGAGAAGAAACUUCAACAAGCAGGCUACGGAAAUCCUGAAUGAGUAUUUCUAUUCCCAUCUCAGCAACCCUUACCCCAGUGAGGAAGCCAAAGAAGAGCUAGCCAAGAAAUGCGGCAUCACAGUCUCACAGGUAUCAAACUGGUUUGGAAAUAAGAGAAUCCGGUACAAGAAGAACAUAGGUAAAUUUCAAGAGGAAGCCAAUAUUUAUGCUGCCAAAACGGCUGUCACGGCUACCAAUGUGUCAGCCCAUGGAAGCCAGGCUAACUCACCCUCAACUCCCAAUUCAGCUGGUUCUUCCAGUUCUUUUAACAUGUCAAACUCUGGAGAUUUGUUCAUGAGCGUGCAGUCUCUCAAUGGGGAUUCUUACCAAGGGGCCCAGGUUGGAGCCAACGUGCAGUCACAGGUGGAUACCCUUCGCCAUGUUAUCAGCCAGACAGGAGGAUACAGUGACGGACUCGCAGCAAGUCAGAUGUAUAGUCCGCAGGGCAUCAGUGCUAAUGGAGGUUGGCAAGACGCUACUACCCCAUCGUCGGUGACCUCCCCCACAGAAGGCCCUGGCAGCGUUCACUCUGAUACCUCCAACUGAUCUCCCAGCAAAUUGCAUCCCUGGCUGAUCCGGCCCCGGCGGGGCGGGAGGGGAGGGGGCCUCUCCUAACACCGCAGCAGUCAGACUGGAGGUGAAACCAAUCAGCACACACAAGAAGACUCCUUCUCUUCUCUUCUCUUCGUCGGGAUGCUUUUUUCAGCCAAUCUGGACACUUCUUUAUACUCUCUUCCCUUUCUUUUCUGGGUAGAAGCCGCUCUCCCCCCCCCUUGCCGCCGCCACAACACCUCCCUUCCCCUACCUCCCCACCGAAGGGUAUUUUGACAGCUAGAAGGAUUUUAAGGAGGAAAAGCAAAAAACAACCACCGCCACACCAACCGAACCAAAAGCAGUGCAUGGCCUCGCACUGAGCCAAAACCAUACCUGGGUCGGGUCUCGCUCCUUCUCCACCAAGCAGCCCCGCUCACCCUGUUCCUCUCUCGCUACCUCUCCGUAGGAAAUGGUCUCGGCAGCCCUCUGCCCUGCUGCACCCUCACCUCGGCUGCUCUGGACACUGAGUGCACCCAUGCUGUGCUCCAGGAGCCAUCCCCGUGCACUGUGGGCUGGAGGGCAGGUGGUGCAACCCUGCUGUAUGUAUGUAGGAGCUGGAGCCGGGGGCUCCCCACUGCUUAAUGGAGGUACCAACCAACCCAAUGCCAGCCCCCAGACAGCACUGCUUGUUCUUCUCCCAGCCCUGCUCUGCCGCAGCUCCCAAAUGCGUUGGUGCUGAGAGGUGGAACCCUGCCACGGGUCCCUCGUGGCCACCAUUCUGCAUUGCUGGUGGGGAGGGCAAGAAGCAGAGGCAGGUGAGUCACUGCUGGUAACCAAAGUGCUUUAUGUGAUCAAGUAAUGAUGGAUGGAACGCGAGCAGUUUUCUCACUUAGGGAGGCCAGCAGCAGAUAGUUCUGCAGAGAGCAUUGCAUGGUGUUAGCUCGUGCUUCCCCCUGCAGGUCCACCAGCUGCAGAGGGAAAGGAGAAUGUGGGUUUCUUGGUGAAAGGGUUGGUGGCCCCCUCUGCAUCCCCAAACUGUUGCCUGGUGCAUGGGACCCCACAGGCUAGAUGCACUCUGGGUGCCUUUGGAAGUGGGUCAUACAGUGGCUUUGCUUGAGGGUGAAGCUCUGCAAGGUGAGUGGACGUCCCUUUGGGGUUUGUCCUUCUGCCGUGGCUUGGAGUUACUCUGAGAAGUGGCAUCUAAAGCCUUGGGAGAUAUUGUGGGGUCUUCUGCCCAGCAUUUCCCAUCUGCUUUAGGAACAGCUGGUGAUGGGUGAAAACAGAACUUCGUCCUGCUGCAAUGGGAUUCUGGGCAGCAGGAGGGAAUUGCAGUGACACCCACUGCCUCUUGUCAUGGGUGAUGGGCAGCAAUUUGUUCGGUCGGCAGCGUGGGGCACCUGGCAACAAACCUUAAGGCUUCCCAACCUGAGCUCACCGUCCACGGCUCGCACUCUGUCCACACCAGCAUUGGCUCCUUUAAGCUGAAAAUCUGGCUGAUGCAGAGCAAACAUUUCACGUUAAAGCUCUGCCAGAAACAUUUCCACCCCUCUGCUGGGUGGCCCACAGCCUGGUGCCAGCAGCUCGCGGUGCCUCGGGGGUCGCCGUGGGGACGUGGCUUUCCAUAGGGGCUCCCGAGUGUGCAGUCGGUGACCGCCAGAUCAACGAAAUGUCCAUUCCCUGGUCGCUUCUGAUGGGUGACGGGAUGAGCGCGAUUGCCACUGCUAACAAAAGGGAGCGAAUGCCCCAAAUCCUGAAAGGUUCAGCCCAAAGGAGAGACUCCGCGCCGCCUCAGUCGGAGAGGGCCGGGCUGCAGGCAGCACAUACAGCACCCGAGGCGAAGGGCUGCCUCUGCCACGCUUCGCUUCAGGGCACGAAAUGCAGAGGGCCAGGAGCGAGUUGGUCCCAUGCAAGGACAGCCCCGAGGACGGCACCGCGCUCACUCCUCCACGGUACUUUGCACCCUCAGGUUCGUCCCUCUGGGUCGCGUUGUCGGUCGCACUCCUUAUGUCUGUGCUUUUUUUAAAAUGGUUUUAUCCCCUCUCCGCCCAUCCCUCUACCCAAAAAAAGUGUUGUGGUUAUUUUCUUUUAAUUAUUUUUAAUUAUUUUUUUUUUUUUUCCUUUUCUCUGCCCAGAAAAA